AUGUUUCCUGACCUGAACAACGCGGAGUGGAAUCUGCUGCCGCCUGAGGAUGAGGAGGAGGCGGACCCAAACGGGAAACAGCUGCGUCACCAGCGCGUUUCAAGGAAUUACGGAGGAAGCAGUUGGUAUAGAGGAGAAGUUCAGUUCAGGAGCCCAAGGAAACCCCCAAAAAGUGACGAGGAGGUGGACCGGAGGAGAGUGAGCCUGCAGGUGAGCUUCCAGCACACUUUCCGUGACAAUUAUCCCACUUUGAAGCCAAAAAACUUGACAAGGCUUUUCCAGAAAUCUGUGAUUUUAAUGGAGAAGCAACAGAAAAAGUCAAAUGAGACCGAUCAAAUGUUUGAUGAUAAACUUGUUGCUAAAGAUGUCUGGUGUCUGGGGAUGAAAGAAUGUUCUCUGCACGGGACUUUCUCUGUAUCAAUUUUCCCCAACAUGCCUUCUGCUGUAGAAUUAGCAAAGAUGCUCUGUGACAAAGUGACUGUCUCAAGGUUUGACGUGGUCAGCUACCUCAAGGCUCCAGACCUCAUAACAACAUUUGAUGAGCACCGAGUUUCUUCUAAUUUUAAGUUUGGUGUAUUAUAUCAAAAGGAGGGGCAGCUCACAGAGGAGGAUGUUCUGAGUAACAAAGAGGAAAGUGAGCAGUUCAAGGACUUCCUGUCGAUUCUGGGAGAAACGGUUAAGCUGCAUGGAUUCACAGGCUUCAGAGGAGGACUGGACGUGUGUCAUGGCCAGACAGGAAGUGAAGCGGUCUUCACUUCCUUUCAUGGGAGAGAAGUCAUGUUCCAUGUUGUAACUAAGCUGCCUUACACCGAGGGUGACCCACAGCAGUUACAAAGAAAACGACACAUUGGGAAUGACAUAGUAGCUUUGGUGUACCAGGAGGGCCAAACUCCCUUUUUAUGUGACGUUAUCAAGUCCCAUUUCCUGCACUGCUUUCUGGUGGUGCGACGGGUUCAGAGGGAGGAGGAGGCAGGUGGGGUGGCCUACAAGGUGACUGUUACAGCCAGAGAAGAUGUUCCUCCUUUUGGUCCCGUCGUUCCAGAUCCUCCCUUCUUUACAGAUCGUUCACAGCUGAGAGAAUUCCUUCUCACCAAGAUGAUCAACGCAGAGAUUUCCUGCUAUAAGGCCGAGCAGUUUAACAGACUGGAGCUGCGUACGCGCUCAUCACUCCUGGAGAGCUUGAGAAAUGAACUCUUCACCCGUUCCCGGUGCAUGAUGGGAGAUCCAUCGCUCACUGCUGUCCCCUCCUCUGAAGGUGUGCGAGCUGCGUCUGAAGGAGGUGGAAGCUUUAUAGAAAAUUUUAAGAGGGCCAUCAGAGUACGGAGCCAUUCGUUUGAGAAUCUGGGAGUGCCCAGGAAGAUAUCUGGCAACAUGUCACACAAGCCAAGGACAGAGAAAGACGGAGAAAGUGACAAACCUUCAGGACUUCUGCCUGACAGUUCAACGACAUCUGACCUCAAAGAUCAAGCAAGUCCUCAAGAGGAGACAAACAUUUAACUUAAACUUUUCAGACCUACAUUCAAUUGUAGA